UAAGUGGUCGGGCUGUUUUUUGAAAUGGACAUUUUCAAAUUAUUCAAAUCACCACCUUAACUUCACUUGUUUCAUGCAAUUCUCCUAUCAGUGUAAGCUAAUUUCAAACAAUUUACAUCAAAAUUAAACGGGUUUAACAUAUUUUUUUAUAUUAGAUGUGCCAAAUUAUCGUUCAACAAUAGGCACAACCCACGCUGUAAGUGUAAAGGGUGUCUAGAAACCAAUCGGAGAUAUACGGUUUAUAGUUCUGUCACAGUGCAAGAAAUGCUCACAAGAAAAGAACAUUUGGUGUUUUGCACUAAACUGAAAUAGUAUUGUUAAGCACUGUACUGAAGUGGGUACAUGAGGACUUUCCUAUAGAGGUAUGGAAUACCACUAUAUCUUAUCAGACCCUGCAAUGGAAGCAGAGGUCACUAAAAUACAGGAUACAGAAACAGCUUUGGAGAGUGUUGAAAGUGAUACUACCAGAAAGGAGACUGUUCAAAUUGACGAAAUACUAAAUGAUGGUGACAUAGCUGAUGUACAAAGCAAAGUAGAUGAUAAUGUUGAUGCUGGUGAAGUUGUUGAUCUAUCAAAAGUGAAAAAUGAAAUUAAUGAAGAUGAUAUGUAUGGUAUGUCAACAGAAAAUGAAGAUUACAAUUUAGACACUGACACAGAAACAGAGGAUACUUUCAGUGGUGAUGAAAUUACACAUUCCAACAAGACAACAAUACUCGCUGAAAGGGAUCACAAAAGUAUUAAGCAAGAAAUGGAUAAAGAUACACAAGUGAUAGUGUUGAACAGGCAUAACAAGUUCAAUGCCCGGCCAAAACCUGAUCCCAGUACUCUGCGACACGAGUGUGACAAAUGUGAAGAAGCAUUCCAGUUCCCAUAUCAGUUAGCAAGACACAAAAAGAUCAAACAUGAGGGGAAAUACCCAUACUCAUGUGAAAUAUGCAACAAACCUUUUGACAGGAGUAGCAGCUUGAGAGAUCACAUGUUUGUUCAUACAGAAAACCGACCAUUUGAAUGUAAAGUGUGUGAGAAACGGUUUAAGAUGAAGGGAAAUCUGAGGAAACAUAUCAGAGAUGUACACACAGAACACAAAGGACCAAAACUCCAGUUUCAGUGUGAAUACUGUUCUAAGAUAUUUCCCACAAAGGAACGUCUUACGUCACAUUUCAUUGUGCAUGACACUGAGAAACAUUUUGCGUGUAAUGUAUGUGGCAAAAAGUUCAACAGAAAGAAUAAUUUGAAGGAGCAUGUGGUCAUCCACUCCACAGAGAAGAACUUCGUAUGUCCAGAUUGUGGAAUGCGCUUCAACAGGAAAUACUCGCUGAAGAUUCAUGCUCGUAACCACAUGGAAGUGAAGCCAUACAAGUGUGAACUGUGUCCAUCAUCAUUUAGUCAGCUUCAUGCACUGAAAACUCACUUCAGACUUCAUACUGGCGAAAAACCAUUCAAAUGUACCAUUUGUGAAAAGACAUUCAGACAGUUGGCAACACUUCAGGUACAUUUCAAACGGCACACUGGAGUGAAGGAUUUCAAAUGUGGAAUUUGUGGAAAAGGCUUUGUCAUCAAGAGAAGACUAAUUGAACACGAAAGACUUCACACUGGGGAAAAACCAUUUUCAUGUGACAUUUGUCCAUACCGCACAGCAACAUCAUCAGGAUUACGGCUUCACAAGAAGACACAUGUGCGACAGAUGGAGAGACUAGGAAUGUAUCAAGUUGAUAAUCUGCUGAACGGUGGAAGCCAAAGUAUCAGCCCUGAUGGUAGGAAACGGAAGGUCCCUAAAAAAGGCAAGUUGCCUGGACUGACAGUGUCAACAACAUUUUUGAAAAAAAAGGAUGUUCCAGUGAGGAAGGCUGAGAGUAUUGAUGCUAUUGUGGGAGAAACAAAUUCUAACGACAAUAAUGAUGAUAAAUUCGAAAAUAUGGAUGAAGAAGAAGUAAAGUAUCUUUCAAAAAAUUAUUUGAAAGAUGUAGAAACAGACCCAGAAGAAGUAUCUGAAAACUUAGUUAAUGAAAGUCUAAUAGAAAUUGUAAAUGACAUUGCAGAUUCUGAAAACAUGUCAGCUGAAUUGAGAGCUGAUCUUGAAAAUAUACCUCAGAAUGGAAUUAAGAAUACUAUUGACAGUAAUGAUGCAGACAAUGUGGAAAUUGCUGAGACUCAAGUAAGCAAAAUAAAGGAAAAGUGUAAAACUGUGAAAAAGGCUAGCAAAGUAAGCUAUAAAAAAACGGACACAAAAGAGAUAGAAUUUGAGAAUGUAGCCAAAGAGGUUCUGUACAAACAUUUGAAUGAAUUCAUUCCAACUAUAGAUGCUGAUUUACUUGCAGAGAAAAUUGAUCAAAUAGCCGAAGAAUUAUCUGAUACACGUACCAAAUUGAAUAACAGAAAACCAAAUUCAAUGAAUGCUAAAUCAAAAAAGAAUUUAAAAUUAAAAAGCGACACUGAAAAUUACUCUGUUACUGAAGAUUUACCAAUUGACAGUGGGUGUUAUAAUGGUUUGCUUGGCGAUUCUGCAGGAACACUGUUUCCGCAAAUAUCUGGCUUAGAUUCAUCAGCUGGCAUGUUCACUUUUGGCAAACAGUCCUUGUGUGAUAAAGUCCCUAGGAAGUUAGCAAAAUGCGCCGAUACAGGAAAGCUUCCAAAUACUUCUACACAUGUAGAAAAUAAUCCACAUUUAAGCAGACAGCUGUUGUCAAACUGUAAUCCAGUCAAUAACCAGCAGGUGCUUAUGCCGUCUGCCAUGGCAGUGACUAAAAGAGGAGGCGAUUUACAAAAUUCUGUUAAGGAAAAACCAUUUCUUUCAUCUACUCUAAGAAAUAUGCUUGUGUCAAGGAGACCUGACCUUACUACCGGUCACACAGUUACCAUGACAACACAGGGGUCUGUUGUCAAGAAAGAAGUUCAGCCUGUAAGUAUGAGUUCGGCAAGCUCAUCUGGUGUACUCAGAGAUAUGUUGUCAGCACCACCAAAACAUUACUUAAUAUCAACAAAAAAUUCUUAUGCUGCUUUACAACAUUCCAUUAAAAGACAGAAUGAGGUUUCUGCCACAAAGAAUGGUUUUGAAGGCAAGUGGUUCACACAGGGAAGUUCUGGUACAGACUCUGCCUUUCCUUGGGUUGAAGAACCAGAACCCUCACCUCCAGGGCAAUAUGAUUUUACAAAUAUCAAAGUUGAACCUGUGUCUCCUUGAUGUUAUUGUUACGUAGUUGAAAUGGAAUUUUUGAAUGUAAAGUCUUAGCUAAGAUAAAAAAAUUACAUGAACAUUACAACUUUAUGUAAAUGCAAUAUAGAAUGGCAUUUUUAUGCUAGUAAAAUUGUCUUUUCUUUCAAUGAAAAUAUGGCAAAACUAAACAUAGUUUUUUCCUAUUAUUUAACUUGCAUAGACAGGGAGUAUUUGAAGUAAAGCUACCUCAGUAUUGAAAUACCAGAGUGUAAAUAAGUAUGACUGAUAUGUUUAUAUCGAAUAAUGGUAUGUUUAUAAUGACUAAAGGUAUGUUUAUAGCAUGACAUACAUGUAUACUAAAACUUGGAUGGUGUAUAAAUGUUAUGGCAUAGACAUUGUUUCCAGUUUUGGCAUUUCUUUAGACAAAUAUCGUAGAUGAAGCUGUGUGUUUCAAAUAAUUCUAUACUAAUAAAUGGCCAAAUAUAAAAAGCAAACAUGAUCACAUAUUUUGUGCAUAGACAGAAACUACUUCACAUUCUGUGUACAGAUAUCAUUCUAUGUACAGGGAUUAAUUGGUACAUAUUCUAUGUACAGACAUAUCGAUAUAGUAGUAUACAUUCUGUGUACAUGUAUCAUCCUUUGUACAGACAUAUUAGUACACCUUCCGUGUAUAGAAAUUAUUGUAUUUAUA